AAUAGUCGUCGUCGUCUUCGUCGUCAUCAUCUCCCUAAACCCUUGCAAAACCUAGGAAAAUCAAAACACAAUAUAACGUUCCGAAGGGACAGUAUCUCUCUGUUUUGUCUUGGUCUUUCUGUUCAAAGCAAUGCUUCAUCAAUGGGGAUUUACAGAUCUCUGCAAGCUUUAAUCACGAAAUGCCCUGAAAAAACCCGAACUUUUUUGACCGCGGCAUCGACAAGUUCGACGACUUGUAUAAUUCCACCUCUGUCCUCUCCUCUCUUCCACAGCCGAGUCUCGCCUUCUUCUCCAUCUCUUUCCAAAUGGAUCGCUCCUUUCAACGGCCCUCUCUUCCUCUCUUCUCCUCCCUGGAAACUCUCUCAAUCCGCUACUCCGCUUUGGGGGAACGUCGCGGUUUUCAGAAAAGUCCAAGCUUUGAAUCUUGAUUUGGUUAGAGGCGGCGCUAAGUUUCCGGUCAAGAUACGAUUCGGCGCGGUUCUAUCGGACCCCAGAGUCUCGAAUCGGGUGGAAACCGACAGGGAAGUGGAUAAGGAGAGGGAAGCUGUAGUGGAGAGUUUUGUCAAUUUGCCGAAUUUAAUUUCAAUGAGUCGAUUGGUUUCUGGUCCUCUGCUGGGAUGGAUGAUUGUAAAUGAAAUGUAUGGUUUUGCAUUUGUGGGAUUGGCCAUCUCUGGUGCAACUGAUUGGUUGGAUGGAUACAUGGCUAGAAAGAUGAGGAUCAAUUCGGUGGUGGGUUCUUAUCUUGAUCCUCUUGCUGACAAGGUUCUUAUCGGAUGUGUUGCUUUGUCAAUGGUACAUAACCAGCUUUUGCACCCUGGACUUGUCGGACUAGUUGUCUUGCGUGAUGUUGCCCUUGUUAGUGGUGCUGUGUAUCAAAGAGCUAGUAGCUUGGGUUGGCAGUCUUGUGCUGGUUUUAUUCAGUGGAAAAGUUGGCUAGAUUUCUUCAAUCUUGAUGGGACUAGUCCGCAGAAGGUUGAGCCUCUCUUUAUAAGCAAGGUUAACACAGUUUUCCAGCUGAUUUUAGUUGCUUCAGCGCUCCUUCAACCAGAGUUUGGAACACCAGAAACUCAAUCUUGUAUAACAUACUUAAGUUGGCUUGUGGCUGCAACAACGGUGGGUUCUACCCUUGCAUAUGGAGCACAAUACAUGAGAAAGAGACCCAGGUUGAUUGCAAGAGAGUCUUAGUUUGAGUUUUCAGUGCAACUCUGAGACAAUUUGAUGAGUUCCCUUUGUUCUGGCACCUGAUGAGUGAGCAUUUAUAGCUCUAGGAGGGAAGAAGGAAUGGUUCAUAAGAGUACAAACUGGAUGUAGAGUCAAAGGAGCUCAUUGCUUUCUUGCACAUGGCCUGCACCAUCUUGUUAUAAAAGUGUCAGAAACAAUUAACUCUCAAUGAAUACGGCAUUGGCAAAGAAUGGUUUUUAGCAUAGAGUAAUCGCAAAUUAUAUCGUGUAAAAAAUUUUGUUCUUGA